AUGGACGACGCAUGGCGAGAGGCCCGCGAGGCACACGUGGCUGGGCUCAGCGGCUCACCACUCUGGGUCGUUUGUGCGGUCUCGCUGGUCCUCCCUGUGGCGGCGGCGGCGUCGAUGGCUAUGAGCCGCUGGCCGGUGGCGGCGUACGCGGUCCGGGUCUUCCUGCUCCCACCGGGCCUGCUGCAAGCAGGAGUGGCGGCACUCUCGACGUACCGGGCUAUGGUGAUGGUGGCGACGGCGGUGGCCAUCCUCGCCGUCGACUUUGACGCCUUUCCGCGGAUGUAUGCCAAGACCGAAGUCCACGGUGUCUCGCUGAUGGAUGUGGGCGUGGGAUCGUUUGUCUUUUCCAAGGGCAUGGUCACGCCGCCGGAGCGCAAGGCCACGCUGGGUGCCUUUGUCGCCAACCUCGCGCCACUCCUGGUCAUGGCCAACAUCCGCCUGGUUGUCCACAAGGCCAUUGGCUACCAGGAGCAUGUCUCCGAGUAUGGAGUCCACCUCUCGUUCUACCACACCCUCUGUGGCAUCCUCGUGGUGGCUUGGACUCUGCCGCGCAUGUCGCGCGCCGCCGCCGCCGCUCUCGGCCUCGCCGCCGCCGCUGCCUACCAGCUGGCGUUGACCGGCUACGACUCCGGUGCGCUGCAGGCGUAUCUGCUGGACCCGGAUCCGGUGUCGCGGACUACCUCGUUUGCUGCCGCCAACCGCGAGGGCCUCUACUCGCUCGGCGGCUAUGCCGGCCUCUUGCUGCUGGGCAUGGGCGUGGGUGCUGGGCGGAACCUGGCGUCGCCGCGGCGGCUACUUGCCAUCGCCGCUGCCGCUUGGGCCGUAUAUGCCGGUCUGGUUCUUGGCUUUGGUCUGCAGGCCUCGCGCCGCCUGGCCAAUGGGCCGUACAUUGCGUGGAUCGUGGCCCACAACGUCUCGCUCCUGGCGGCGCUCGUCGCGCUCCACGCCUACGGCGGCCGCGGCGCGUGGAAGCAAGCCAUCUCGCCUGCUGUGGCCUUUGUCAACGGCCACCAGCUGCUCUUUUUCAUCCUCGCCAACCUCGGCACCGGCAUCGUCAACCUCUCCAUUGACACCCUCUCUUUCGGGCCAACCUUUGCUCUGAUCGUUGUCUCCUGCUACAUCCUAGCGGUGCCUCUGGUCGUAUCCGCAGCCUCCUCCGCCAUCGGCCUCGUCUUCUCCACGCCUACCUCCACACCCACCAGCCCAAUCUAUACUUCUCCAGCUACCGACUGCCGCGGUCCCGGCAGCGGCCAAAAGAAGCGGAAUACAUGACCCAUACGUGCCCCCC